AUGGCGAGGAAAGUAUCAGAUGAAUUUUAUGCGCUGUCCGCAAAGGAUAUGAAUGGAAAUGAUUACAAAUUUGAAAAAUUGAGAGAUAACGUUGUACUGAUAAUAAACUCGGCGACAAAAUGUGGUUUUGCUACGACCACCUUUGAGAACUUGGUUGCAUUGGCGGAAAGGUACCAUGACAAGAACCUGAAAAUUCUUUUAUUUCCGUGCUCACAGUUUCGUAAUCAAGAACUGGAGGAUUCCGAGAAAGUGCGAAAAAACAUUGAGAGAUACUCGAAGGAGUUUAUAGUGUUUGAAAAAGUGGAUGUUAAAGGUGAAAAUGCUCAUCCGGUGUUUAAGUUUCUUAUCAAGCAUCUCAAGGGCACGAUAACGGAUAAUGUAAAAUGGAACUUUACCAAGUUUCUGAUCGAUCAAAAUGGUAUACCCACGAAACGAUACGGGCCUAUGGAGCCGGUAAAUGUUGAUGAUCCUCUUAUAGAAGACUUAUUAGCAGAUAAUUAAAGAAUAGGAUCGAAUGGUUGUUAUCUAUGAGGUGUAUACUUGUUUGCGUGUACGAAUUGAUCGUGCAUGGAUGGGCCAUUCCGUCCAUAUGACAGCAACAGUUACAAGCAAUCGUACACAUAUAUUUCUAGGACGAUCGUACGGUUUACUUGCCGGCUUAGACAUGGUAAAAGUACACUUAAAUCUGAUCCUCAAACAACCUGCAAUCGUUUUGAAAUAAAAGUUACGGUUUAAGCCGCAUUUCUUCACUGUUCUGCCGUGGAGCACAUACCGUGACGGUUUUAAUCUUAACCCAACUUGGUGGCAUUUUAUUCUCUCAGAACAAAAAGCUAUUCCGUUCUAAAUGAGGGUUAGUGUGCCUGGUAGAGGUGUAACUCAG